GGUUUCCCGUCAUCAAACUUCGAUAGAAAAACCAUGAAGACGGUAUUCUUAUUAGGAUUUCUAUUCCUUUACUCAAUUGGAGUGUUUUCAGAGGAAGAUAAAAAAGAUGUUAAAUACGGAACUAUCAUAGGUAUCGAUCUCGGUACUACUUACUCAUGUGUAGGUGUUUACAAAAAUGGACGAGUUGAAAUCAUCGCUAACGACCAAGGUAACCGAAUUACUCCAUCCUAUGUAGCGUUCUCCGGUGACUCUGGUGAACGUUUGAUUGGUGACGCUGCAAAGAAUCAGCUUACCAUUAAUCCCGAGAAUACCGUUUUCGAUGCGAAACGGUUGAUCGGUCGAGAUUACAUGGAUAAAACUGUGCAGGACGACAUCAAGCUCUGGCCAUUCAAGGUGGACAACAAGAACAACAAGCCGAUGGUUUCCCUGAAAGUGGGCCAGGAAAUGAAGCAGUUUGCCCCCGAAGAGAUUUCCGCCAUGGUCUUGACGAAAAUGAAGGAAAUCGCUGAAUCCUAUCUCGGCAAGGAAGUGAAGCACGCCGUUGUUACCGUACCAGCCUACUUCAACGAUGCUCAACGUCAAGCAACAAAGGACGCAGGAACGAUCGCUGGAUUGAAUGUUGUCCGAAUUAUCAACGAGCCCACUGCCGCCGCUAUCGCCUACGGUCUUGACAAGAAAGAAGGAGAGCGCAAUAUCCUGGUAUUCGAUCUGGGAGGUGGAACCUUUGAUGUAUCCAUGCUGACUAUCGACAAUGGUGUCUUCGAAGUGUUGGCAACGAAUGGUGACACUCAUCUUGGAGGAGAAGAUUUUGAUCAACGUGUCAUGGAGUACUUUAUCAAGAUUUACAAAAAGAAGACCGGCAAGGAUAUCCGCAAAGACAAUAGGGCCGUACAGAAGUUGCGUCGUGAAGUCGAGAAAGCUAAGCGAGCUCUGUCGACUCAACAUCAGGUGAAAGUUGAGGUGGAGUCGCUUUUCGAUGGUGAAGACUUCUCGGAAUCGCUUACUCGUGCCAAGUUCGAAGAGCUGAACAUGGAUCUGUUCCGUGCCACGUUGAAACCCGUCCAAAAAGUCCUCGAAGACUCAGACCUGAAGAAGGAAGACGUGCACGAGAUCGUACUUGUUGGAGGCUCUACUCGUAUCCCGAAAGUACAGCAACUUAUCAAGGACUUCUUUAACGGUAAAGAACCAUCUCGCGGUAUCAAUCCCGAUGAAGCUGUAGCUUACGGUGCUGCUGUACAAGCUGGAGUAAUCAGUGGCGAAGAGAGUACCGGCGAUAUUGUUCUUUUGGAUGUGAACCCACUCACCCUCGGUAUUGAGACCGUUGGUGGUGUCAUGACAAAGCUCAUCACCCGUAACACUGUGAUUCCCACAAAGAAAUCUCAGGUCUUCUCCACAGCAGCCGAUAAUCAGCCAACUGUGACUAUCCAGGUGGAGGCACGUAACGAACUCGAAUCUUACGCGUAUUCUCUCAAGAAUCAGAUUGGUGACAACGAGAAGUUAGGUGGAAAAUUGGAUGCCGAUGAUAAGAAAACGAUCGAAACGGCUGUAGAAGAAACGAUUAGUUGGUUGGAAAGCAACCGUGAAGCAUCAGUAGAUGAUCUCAAGGAGCACAAGAAGGACUUGGAAAGCAAAGUGCAACCGAUCAUCAGUAAGCUUUACAAAGAUGCUGGUGGUGGUGCCGGUGGUGAUGAAGGAGUACCCCCGACUGAGGACAAAGAUGAGCUAUAG